AUGGUUGGUGUAGGUGGUAUAGGAUGUGAAGUUUUAAAAAUGGUGAGUAAAUUCACAUUCUAAGAAUUCCAUAUAAUAGAUAUGGAUACUAUAGAAGUAAGUAAUCUAAAUCAUUAAUUUCUAUUUCGAUUAGAACAUCGAGGUUAAUCAAAAUCUCUUGUUGCAGCUUAAACAAUGAAAAAGAUGGCACCAUAAUUAAAUAUUAUAGCUCAUUUUGCUGCUUUUAAAUCUCCUGGUUAUACUAUGGAUUUCUUUAGAUAAUUUGAUGCUGCAAUAAUGGCAUUAGAUAAUGCAGAAACAAGAUCUUAUGUUAAUAAAGUAUGUCAUGCAUUGGGUAUAUUUAUUGUUGAUGCUGGAUCUAUGGGAUUUAAAGGAUAAGCUAAUGCUUAUUAUGAAGGAACAGUUUGUUAUGAUUGUUAUCCAAUUGCAACUACUUAAAAAUAAUAUCCAGCAUGCACAAUUAGAUCAUAACCAAGUAAUUGUACUCAUUGUGUUAUAUGGGCUAAAUAUCUAUUUACAUAAUUAUUCUCAGGAGAAGUUGGAAUUCUAGAAGUAGAAGGAUUUGAUAAAACUUAGCCUAAUUCUGUUUUUAGUAAAUUCUUUAAAGGACAAGAAAUGCCUCAUUCUAUUCAUAUUGUUGAUCAUUAAUUAUUAUAUGAUAAAGAAGAUGAUCUUCAUGUUCUCUUUAUUUAUGCUAGCACUGCUCUUAGAUGUAGAAAUUUCAAUAUUGAAUAAUAUGAUUAUUAAUAAAUUAAAUCUAUUAGUGGUAAUAUUAUCCAUGCUAUUGCAUCCACUAAUUCUAUUGUGGCAGCUUUAGAAAUCUAAUGAUUAUUAGCUUUCAUUCAAAAUCAUCAUAAAAUUUAAUAUUUCUAAGACCUUAAUGCUGCAUCCUAUGUUUCAACUGGUAAAAAACAAAGAAUAUUAACUCUUAAAUCUGCUAUUUCUAAUCCAUUAUGUAAUUCUUGCUUUCAUAAUCAAAUCUAUACUAAAGUUGAUUUCUCACUUAUUACUAUUGUUGAUUUUGUUAAAUCACUAAAAAUUAUCUCAACUCUGAAAUUAAUAUUGAUUCUUUAUCACGUAUUAUAUGGGAUGAUGAAGAUGACAAUGAUAAUCAAGCAAUUCUAUAAAAAAAAUUAAAUGAACUAUUCAAAAUUGAUCUAGAUAACAGAUUAAUUAUUAAAUCUAUUGAAGAAAAAUUCUUAGCUGUUCUUUGGUUAUAACAUCUAAAUUAAUAACUUUAAAUUUAAUUUACAUCUACUAAAAUUUAAAAUAAACCACUUAGAUUACAAAAUCCUUUAUAGAAUAAAAAAAAAGAAAGAAUUAGAACAAUUUAAGAAAUUAAAGAAUUAAAAGAAACAGAAAUCCUUCCUAUCAAAAUUUCUGAUAAAUUUAAAAUUACAACCUGAUAAAAAAACUGAAAUCCUAAUUGAUUAAGAACCAAAUGAAUAAAUUUAACAACAAAAGAAGGUUGAAUUAAUAAUAGAUUGA